AUGACGCAGCCAGACGCCGAGGUAAGCCCGGUCGCCGCCGCGUUUUGCUUCUGCUCUGCGCAAGUGCUGCAGCAGCUGCUGCAGCAACGUGGACAUCCAACAUGCUGCUGGCCUUGCAGGUUCCGAGGGCAUUCCGGCAGAGCGUGGAGCGGCUCCGGCGCGAGCUCGAGGCGCACUUGGGCCACGCCUUGGGCCACGAAGAAGAUGUGCCCUUCGCUCAAGCGUGCGUGCAUUGUCUCGAGAUUUACCACAGCCUUCGCACCGCGAACGAGGCUCCAUGUGGCGGCCUGCGACCGGUCUUUCGCCUCAUCGAUUUCGUGCUGCGGAGUCGCACCUGGUUGCCGCUCCUCCGGUGGCACGACGAGAACCUGGAGACCAUCACAGCGACGCGAGUUGGCGUGCGCGCUGUGGAGGCAGCUUGGAACGCCGGUGGAAGCGGCAGCGUCAACACCAGCAGGGCGGGCUGGCUGCCCCAGCGGACCGUCAUCACCGCCACCCUGGGCAUUCAGGGCUCCGCGCUGCGCCUGCUGACCGCCUGCCUCUGCCAGGCGGCGGCAGCCGUGCAGGGCGAGGACGCAUCCGCCCGCCGGGGCCAGGGGCAGCCCGCGCCGCCGCCGCCGCCGCCAGGCCUUGUCGACCGCAUGGCCCGGUCGCUGCGCGCGCUGCUUGCCAGCCACAGCCUCCGCCGCUACGCCCGACUGACGGCGCAGGCCGCGGACGCCGCCGCCGCCGCGUCUGGCGCCGUCAACCCCCAGCAGCCGCAGCCGGAUGAGCCGCCCGUGUCGUCGGCGCAGGUGCUGGAGGACCUGCUGUCUUCCUUGAGCUCCCUUGUGGAGUCAGCGGCCGGCUUCUUGCGCCAGCCGGGCAUGGCGGCCCGCAUGGCAUCAGCGGGUGGCAGCAGCAGCACCCGACCCACCGGUGCAACUGCCGCGGCCGGAGCGGCCGGCGCGACCGCCGGUGCAUCCGCUGCUGCCCGCCGCAGCGCGGCCAGAGCGGCCGGCAGGAGCGCCGCAGCUGGCGGCAGCAGAGCCGCCGCCGCCCAGCUUCCAUCCCACCAGCCUCCGCCUCCGCCGCCUCUGAACGUGCUGCUGCUGUCGGAGCUGGCGGCCAGCGGCUUCUAUGACCAGUUGGCGCGGCUGGUGGUUCACACCGCGGCGGCGGACGGCCGCUGGUGGCUGCAGCAACAGCAGCUGCGGCAGGCCUCUAGCCGCGGCGGCGGCGCUGGCUUUGCUGCUGUUGCUCUGGUGCUGCCAGCUGUGACCGGACGCACAGAGGCAACGCGGGAGCUGGCGGACGGGCUGUGCACGCUACUGGAGCAGAGCGGGCUGCUUUGGGUGGACUGCGUGAAUGUGCUAGAGGCUGGCGGCGGCAGUAGCAGCAGUAGCGGCAGCGCCGCAGCUGCAGCCGCUGCGUCUCGGCGGCAGCAGCGCUUGCACCAGCAGCACCAGCAGCAGCCACCGCCGCCGGCUCCCUGGGGUGUCUGCCUGGAGUUCAUGGUGCUCUCACUCGCCUCGGCUUCGCUAGCGGCGGCGGGCUUUGGCGGCGGCGCCGGCGGCGUGUGGGGCCUGCCGCCGGAGCUGGCGGCUGGGAUGCCCAUUCUGGUGCUUCCCGCAUCGUCGGCGGUGGGCGUGCGGCUUGGAGGGCCCGGCUUCCUGCUGGAACAUCUGUGCCACAGCGGCGGCGGCGGCGGGGUACGCUUCACACACCUGUCCUCGUGGCCUUUCAGGAUCCUCAUCCACACGCUGUGCGUGACGCAGCGCGCUGCGCGGGUCCGCAGCCGCUCGGCGGCGGCGACACCUGCGGCGACGGGGCCGGUGCCGGUGGCUGUUGGAGAGGAGGCGAGCUGCUGGCGCUUUCCCGUGAGCCCGCGGGCGGCGCAAGAGGUGCUGGUUGCUGUGGUGGAGCUGGCGGCUGCCAGCAUGGACGAAUCAGGACUGACGCCGCGUCGCUCUGCGGGCCGCAGCAGCCGUAGCGGCAGUAGCACCUGUGGCGGCAGCAGUGGCAGUAGCCGCGGUGGCAGUAGCGGCAGCCAUCAGGCGGCGGCGGCGGGGUUUUCUGGGCUCGGGUCAUUAGGUUUGAAGCUGACCUACUCGGACGGGUGGGAGGUGGGGCUGGACGCGGUGACUGCGAUCAAGCUUGUUUGCGACACGCAGCAGGCGAGGGGCCAGCGUAAGCACCCUUCGGCGGCUGAACGCGGUCCUGUGGCGGCUGUGACACGGUCUGCUGCGGCGGCGCCGUCGGGGGGUGGCGCGGGCGGCCCGGGCGGACGUGCACACGGAGGCCCAGGCAUGGACACGGGUGGUGGCGGUGACGUCAGCGGCGGCGGCUAUCCCCUGCUGCCAGUCAAGUUCUGGAGGGCGGCGGCGGCGAUGCUGAGGCGGUGCGCUGUCCUGCCCACGGCCAGUAGCGGCGCGUCGCGGCUGUCUUGGGAUCGGCAGCUGCUGCUCGUCAUGGGAUGGACGCGGCAGAUUUUCAUGCUGGAGGUGAUGCCUGGUUUCGAGCUGCCGCCGCGGCCGCCGCGCGCGCUGAGGGCUGCGCUGGCGGGUGGGGUGGUCCCGGCACUUGAGGCCGCGGUGCGCGCCGCGCCGGAUGCGGACAUGGCGCUUGAGCUUGCCGCCGCCUUCUUCAACAUUCCAGAAGACAUCUUCUACCCUGGCGCCUGCUGGCCGCAUCUGCAGCAGCUGCUGGCCUUCGCGCCGGCGGCUCAGACGGCGGCGCUGGUCACCAGCCUGGGCAAACGGCUGCAAGGGGCUGUAGCUCAGCUCGCCAGCGGCGGCAGUAGCAGCAUCAGUAGCAGCACGGCGGAGCGCAAAAGGAGGUUGUGGGCGCUGGUCAUCGGCGUCCUGCCGGCGGACGUGGAGGCUCUGAGCAGCCUCCAAUCGGGCAGCCGCACCAUCAGCACCAGCAGCGGUAGCGGGAUCCGUGCUGGAAGCGGGGAGUCAACUGGCGGGCCGGAACUACUGCUUCAGAGGCAGAUGCGGCUGCUACUGUCGCACGCCGCCCACCGCUGGCUGCCGGCGCUGUCGCGCUGCCUGCGUCUGCCGGCGCUGCAGACGCCGCCGACAUCGCAUAUGACGCCGCUCAUGGUGGCCCUGCAAUGGCUCCUGCGGCCGCUGGCGGAGGUCGCCACACUUGACGGCCAAGCCUCCCAGGUCGACGACGCCCUCAGCGACAGUGCAAGCGGCGCUUGCGCUUGGGCGGCUCCUGCUAAUCCUGAUGCGCGAGCCGCCGCAGCCGCAGCCGCAGCCGCAGCCGACAGCUGGCGUCAGUGGCUGCUGCAAGAGGUUGAGGUGGUGGCGCUGGUGGAGGCGGGGCUACGCACACUUGCAGCAAUGUCGCAAGGCUGCUGGACCGGAGCCGCCGCCGGCCUGGCAUUAGUCAUGAACGGUACCCUGACGCUGCUGGCGCUGGCGGUCCCUGACGCCCUUGCGCCGGCGCUGCGGCUGCCGCAGCCGCGCGGCUCGCCCUGGCACCCCGACGAACUGCAGCGCGUGCUACUGCUGCAUCCGGUCGGGUACGCGCCCAUAGGCAACGGGACCGAGAUCAAACUGGCGCCGCUCCAAGGUCUGGAGAAGCUGCGGGGCAAGGCGGCGGCACUGGGGCAAACAGACCUGUGGCGGCUGCGCCGGGAAGGUGCCGCCAUGCGGCCGGCCGCCGUGCGGGCUGCGCUGGCGCGCCUCCAAGCGGAGGGGUGCUUUCCGGAGCCGCCGGAGCCGCUGCUAUCGCCGCACGGUUUGGCGGUGGAGGCGGCGGCGGUGGCGGCCGAGGCGGCGGCGGUGGCGGCCGAGGCGGCGGCGGCAAGCAGCGGCGGUGGAGGUGGCGGGGCUGGUGGCGGUGGCGGAGGAGGAGCGCCUCAGCAGCGGGAGCAGCAGGCGGGGCUGCAGCAGCUGCGCUGGUGCGGCAACCCGCACUGUGCCACCCUGGCGGGCGAGGGCGAGGCGGGUCUGCCGCUGUCACUGUGCACCCGGUGCCGGUGCGUGCGGUACUGCAGCCGCGGCUGCCAGGCGGCGCACUGGCGCGGCGGCGGGCACAAGGAGGCGUGCCCCGCACUCACGGCCGCCGCUGCUGGCGCUGUCGCCGGCGCCGUCACGGCGCCGGCGGCGGCUGCAGGACAGACCUGAAAGCAGGAGGCGCUGGCAGGUGGCAGCGCAGUGUUGGCGGCGGCAAAGAUUUAGAUAACGUGCCAUGUCAUUGUUGUCGGGUGCAGACUGCCGCAAGGUGCAAGGUGCCAUCGAGGUGCGGAAGAAUGCCACACACGCUGAGCACGGCCAUGGAGAGUUGCUGGGGGCUGCGCCACGGCUCGCUGCUGGAUAUAUAGCUGCGAUUGUAGCUAGCAGGCAGCGGGAGAGCGCGGGGUUAGCGAGGGCCGAGCGCUGCAACAGUACGGUAUUGCAACCAUGACGUACGGAGCGGCGCAGAGGGAUGGUCGCUACGGUUUCCGCAGUGGGCAAGGUCGCAUCGUGUACAUUAUGAUUUACUGGGCUGUGAUGGGAGCAGGGCGUGGCGAAGGCGUCAGGCGCAAGGUAUGCUGUACAGUAGGGUAUUGGAGCAGAGAAGCUCCGUGGCGGAAGAACAUGUACCGCAUGAUAAAAGUUUUUGGACCAGUGGCGAAGUCCGUAAGGAGUGGCAAGGUGCAGCCUGCGUGACCCGUGCAGAAGGUGCGCGGGUCUGGGGCCUAAACGCUUAGGGCAGGGGCAUCCCACGGUUUGCACCGCAGGGCCCCGCCCCCAUGCAAGCCCACCGGCCGUGUUUACGUUUUGACCGCGUAGAUUAAUCCUCCUCCCCUAGAUGAGCCUAUGAGCCCCUGCACGGCUGCACACAGCACACUCCUGACCGGAAGAGGCGCACAAUCGGAGGGCCAGUCAGGAAGGCCCUCGAGCGCGGCUUGAGUUAGGAUGUGGGAACACGCGCAGACACUAUCUGCGUGGAAGCCUGCCCCUUGUGUGCGCUGUGAGUUACGCAGAGCGUGGAAGGGCGAUAGGUUGCAUCAGCAGCGCAGCAACAAGGGGGUGGGGUCAAGGGAGAUGUUGCGUGCGGGCGUGGCUGGCGAGGUGUUGCACGAGGGGAAUGUCGCCCAAAGGG